AUGACGACCUACGCUCGUCCUCAACACCGCGAUGAUUUCGAAAUCGCGGUGGUCUGCGCGCUUCCCCUGGAAAGUGACGCAGUUUCCCUGAUCUUCGACGAAUUCUGGGGCGGUGAAGGCGGACAUGGACUCGGCCGGGCAGCUGGGGAUCAGAACAGCUACACGACCGGCCGCAUAGGUAACCACAACGUUGUUUUGGUCCAUCUUCCCAACAUGGGAAAGGUCUCUACCGCCGCAGCGGCUGCUGGACUUCGGUCAAGCUACACAAGGAUCAAGCUCGCAGUCUUGACUGGAAUUUGCGGCGGAGUUCCUCGCCCUGAAGGAGAGAAAGAGAUCUUCCUGGGAGACGUCAUUAUCAGCCAGGCUGUUGUUCAGUAUGAUCUCGGAAGACAAUAUCCUGAUAAGUUCAUUCGGAAGGAUACGACUAGCGACAAUCUCGGUCGCCCCAACCAAGACAUUCGGUCCCUCCUCGCCAGUGUUCAGGGAACAUUUGGUCUUGAUCGUCUUCGGCAACAAAUGCUACGGACUUUGGAUCAAGUCCAGCAGAAUGCAACCGGCCGGCAAACUUGUUACAUCCGCCCACCUCCCACUGAAGACAUUCUCUUCGAGCCGGCCUAUCUCCAUCGUCACCACGACCAGUCCUACUGUGGAUGUCACGACAAUGCAGCCUGCGAUAAGGCCAUGAACGCAUCCUGCUUGGACCUUCGGUGUGCCGAGAACAGCGUCUUGCGAACAGGACAGCCAGGCUCUUCAAGGUCGCAGGACCCUCGUAUCUUCAUUGGACAAGUCGCUUCAGGAGACACGGUCAUGAAGUCCGGAGAGCGUCGCGAUAGCAUCGCACGAGAGCACAACGUGGUUGCUUUCGAGAUGGAAGGCGCCGGCGUCUGGGACCAAUUUCCAUGUCUGGUCGUCAAAGGAGUAUGCGACUACGCAGAUAGUCACAAGAACAAAGUGUGGCAACCCUACGCCGCGGCCGUGGCGGCGGCUGCAACCAAGGCUCUUCUUGGGCUCUACCCUCGAACUGACAACCCGACGCAACGCUCUGCCGCCGGAGACAAUCGACCGCCCCUCAUUACAAACAAUUUCAACAGUAAUGGAACCGGGUCUCAAUACAAUAACACCGGCAGCGGUCCUCAGUACAACAACACUGGAGGUGGGAACCAAUUCAACGGGACCAACAUGACCUUUGGCAACUUUACCAGGUAG